AUGUCUACAGCUUUUGGAGUUGUGGCUUUGGAGAUUGUGAGCGGGAAAAGCAAUACAAAUUAUAGGCCAAAGGAGGAGUUUGUCUACCUUCUCGACUGGGCAUAUGUGCUACAAGAGCAAGGGAGUCUAUUGGAACUAGUGGACCCAAGUCUUGGCAAAUACUCAAAAGAAGAGGCAAUGAGGAUGUUGAAUAUAGCUCUCUAA